AUGCAACGCUCCGUCAAAAGGAUAAAGCUUCUUAAGCUGUGCCGCUGUUUGCUGCUGCUAGUCAUUGCCAUAGUGGUGACGAACGCCAAACCUGAAGCACCAGUUAACUCCUAUCUACCGCCGGCGCAUGGUCACAAUGGGAAUGGGUAUCACGAUGACCAUCAUCACCACGGCGACGGAGAUCAUCACCACAAUGGCGACCAUCAUACGGAUUUAGUUCCUCCCUCGUCGAGCUACGGCACACCGGACAGUAGCUACGGGCCUCCGAACCAUCAUUCCGGGUUCGAUGAUCACCACGAUCAUCACGAGCACCAUGAUCAUCACGACGACAAUCAUGAUUCGUUUGAGGACGAACCGGCAAAGUAUGAGUUCACCUAUGAAGUUGAUGACGAGGAUUCGGAUUUGUCCUUUGGACACGAAGAGAUGCGAGAUGGAGACUAUACCACCGGAAAGUACAACGUUCUGCUUCCCGACGGUAGACGGCAGAUCGUGGAAUACGAAGCCGACCAGAAGGGAUACCGUCCGAAGAUCACCUACGAAGGCGGCGACGAGCAUCCCCACCACCAUGACCAUCCGCACCAGCACCACCACGAGGGACAUGAUGGCUACCCGCAUGAGUCGCCCCACAAUCAGCUGGGCUAUCCGAAGGAGUCGCACCAUGACUUCGAGCACGGUCACGAGAACGGGCACAGCCGAGCGGACCACGGCAUUCACGAUCACCACGAUGGGCAUCAUGGUUACGAUAGCAAUGCUCAUGAGCAUCACGGCCACAAUGGCAAUGGGGGACACUCGCACGACAACGGACAUCACCAUCGGCGCCACUCUGGCGAUGGACAUGGGCAUGGGCACGGACACAACGGAGGCAAUAAUGGUGGGGGACACAAUGGGCACAACGGUAAACAUCACCGUCGUGGUGCGAACGGAAACGGCGGCGUGGGCGGUCAUCACAACAACGGAGGAUCGGGACAUCGUCACAAUGGUUAUCACUAGACCCUAGGAGCUCGAUCGAGUGCAAUUCGGCGCGACUUGGGAGGAUUAUCGAGGAAGAGGCUCAACCUAUAUGCUGCGAAGGCAUUCAUUUAAUCACAAUUAGUACAAAUUAGCGUGUUUGUAUAUUUAUUCCUUUUCAACGAUGCAUUUAACAUUUAUUCAAGCC